AUGAACCCAUACCCAGAACACUCUCAUAGAAGCACAGGCUCAGAAUCAAAUUUAAAUAAUUUAGCAAGGCCUGGGAAAUCUACGUCAAAUUUGUCAAGUGAGCCAAGAUCUCCUGCAAAGAAAUUAUCAGCUAUCCCACAUGAGCAACCAUUAAUAGAAGAAAAGCCUGCUCAGCUCGCAACACCUGAGCUUGGAUUUAUUUUUAGCCCUAUGCGCGAUGGAGUCAAGCCAUACCAUUUAGAUGGCGACACUUCUAUGUAUACAGAAACAGCAAUUGCAAGAAGGCUUGGCUUAAAGUCUGACGCAAUUGUAGCAGACAGCAUUAAUGAUUUUAUGAAUUUAUAUCAAAUGGAUUCAACUGGUAGCAUCAAUAAGCGAGAAUUUGAAAGAAUUUACAAUAAAUUGUGCGGAGUACUUAGACCUGGCCUUGAUCCUAUUGAAAAAAAGAAAUUGCUUGAUGAAGACUGGAAAAAAGAUGCAAAAGGACAAGAUAAAAUGACGAGGGAGGCGCUAUUUGACGCGCUUUUCGAGAUGUGCGAUAUAUGGUGUCCGAAUAUUGAUCCGAAUGAGUAUAAGGAGUUUUUUGAUCAAAUUAAAUUUAGGAUCAGGUAUGAAGGGCAUAGAGAUCAGGGUGCUUAUGAUAUAUUAAAAUAA